AUGGUCUUGUUGAAGGGUGAAAGAGUGACUCAAUGCGUGAAAUGUGGCGCGUCUCAACAACCCGUGGCAUCAGCCCAUGAGUCACCAAGACACAAUUUUGGGUCAACCACUGCAAUACCCCAUCGCAAGACCAACACUGCGCCUGUGACAUUGUUCCCGUAUGAGUAUGGGAGUUCACUGUCAGCGGCAAUCGCGAUGCCGACGAUGUGUCUUGCGCCGAAGCCCCUGAAAGGGGGUCAACAUGAUCGGAAAGCCAUCGAAUCGUAUGCGAUGAAUAGAUUCUGGCAUCACGGACGUCCUUUGGGAUUGUCGUACAUCUCGCAGGAUGACCCAAGUCCUCUGAAGCGUGGCGGCAGUAGGGAGACUGUUGUGGUGCCAGACGCUGGUGUGGCUGUACAGUCGCAGGGCAAAAAGAUUGCCAUGGAUGGACUUGAACCUGGAAAUUACAAAAACGAAGAGCAGUCGGUUCGAUCCGCCAUGAAUGGCCAGAAGGCAAGGUAA